AUGGUCGUGCCCUCGCUGGCACAGUGUGUUCCUUCCUUGCCUGCACGUGCUAAAACACAAUGUGUUGGCCUGCAUCUCUGGGCAAGGCUCCUCCUGCAUGUGUUUAUAAUGCUGAUUUUACCGGAAAAAGUGGACAGGCUGUGUGGAGCCCCAGUAACAGCUCUCCUGUUUCUCUUUGAUUUGCAGAACAAUCAAGUUCUUGGGAUUGGAAGUGGUUCUACGAUUGUCCAUGCGGUGCAUCGAUUAGCUGAGCGGGUUAAAGAGGAGAACCUGACAAUUGUCUGCAUCCCUACAUCUUUUCAGGCCCGUCAGCUGAUCCUGCAGAAUGGCUUAACACUGAGUGACUUGGACCGACAUCCAGAGCUUGAUGUUGCCAUUGAUGGAGCAGACGAAGUGGACUCUGACCUCAACCUUAUCAAAGGUGGCGGUGGCUGCUUGACACAGGAGAAGAUAGUUGCAGGAUAUGCAAAAUGCUUCAUUGUUAUUGCCGAUUACAGGAAAAAAUCAGAGCGCCUUGGGGAGCAGUGGAAGAAGGGAAUUCCGAUCGAAGUCAUUCCCAUGGCUUAUGUCCCUGUCACCAGAGCCCUGACCAAAAAAUUUGGAGGUGUCGUGGAGCUACGGAUGGCUGUGAGCAAAGCAGGCCCUGUGGUGACAGACAAUGGGAACUUCAUCCUGGACUGGAAGUUUGACAAGGUUCAUGAAUGGAGUGAAGUGAACACUGCUAUAAAAAUGAUACCAGGAGUGGUGGAGACAGGACUCUUCAUCGACAUGGCAGAGGUGGUGUAUUUUGGGAUGGAGGACGGCUCGGUCAGCGUGCGGGAGAAGGAGCCUCGCUGACAGGGCCCUGCUGGCUCUGCUUCGCCUUCGGCCAGUUGGAUUCAGCUGCUGUGCCAGUGCCAACCUGAUGUUUUGCCUUAACGAGCAGCGGUUAUCGCAGGAGGUGGAUGGGAAGUGGAUCAGAAUCCGCUGACAUGAUACUGAAUGUCUUUUUAAAAAAAGAAAAACCAACAAA